GCUGGCCCAGCUGGGCUAGCCAUGUCCGUUUGUCUCUCUAACAUCUUGGUCUCCAAUAUUAUGCUGGAAAAGGAAGAUUGUCACGCUUCCCUAUGGAAGCGCAGGUCGUACAAUCGCCUCCACUUGCAUUUAGCCAAAGAGUUCUGUGAAUUACCCUACAUGCCUCACUUGCCGGAGACACCUACUUUCAUGCCAAAGGAAACGUUUAUCGAUUACAUGGAUAAAUAUGUUAGAGAGUAUAAUUUAAGUCCGUUGUUUAGUCGCUAUGUUGUUUCUGCUUCUUUUGAUCAAGUUUUAAGGAAAUGGAUUGUUGAAGCUGAGAAUUCAAUUUCAGGAGAAAUUGAACGUUAUGUUGCUAAGUUUUUAGUGGUAGCAACUGGUGAAAAUUCCAGUCCCUAUAUUCCUGGGGUUCCUGGUGUUGAUAGUUUUUCUGGGAGUCUGAUUCACUCUAGUCAGUAUAAAAAUGGGUCUGAAUAUGGGUCUGAUUCACCAGCCACCAUCUUAAGUCAUUAUUGGGGAAGUUAG